GAAAGAAAGAAUGAACGCACAGACACUGUGUGGGGGAGAAGAAAUUGCAUUGAUCUAGGAAAUAGCAGUAAGUUAUGCAUAUUAUAAAUCAGCAUGAAUGGAAAAGGCGGCAAAGUUCCGUUGUCAGUGGCUCGCCACUCGACGUACAACGCGAUAGCAUUGGAGCAGAUCAAGAACGAAUUGAUGCCGUACGAGACAGGCCAAGCCUUGGGUGGUAGUCAGCUCGUCGCACCGUUGAAGCGCAAACCGAGCAUCGAGAAGGAUGCACCGCAAUCGCCGCUACACAUGCAGCGCACCAGUCCGGCCCUCGAUUCCGGUGCCGGUAGCUCACGCUCCAACAGUCCCCACUCGCAGCAACCGUUCUCGUCGGCGGCCCUGGUGGGGCGCAGCUCGCAAUACUCACCAUCGCCCUGCCCGACCAACUUCAGCGAUGCGCCGCCAAUACCACCCCCGCGCUGCUCCUCCACACCGUCCACUCCUCAGCCACCGAAUCCGAUGCAUCUGCUGAAGCGCAUGUCACCGGCGUCGGUGGCAUCCGGUCGAAAUGGGCAGUUCGGUGGGGCGGCCUCUCAAUCGCCUGCUCGCGGUUCUUCGCCCAUUGCCAGCGGUGGGAAUCAUCAGCUGCGACAACCGAUCAUCGUGCAGAAUGGGCCACAGGUGCAGCAGCAGCUUAGCCAGCAGAUGGCGGUAUACACUGGGAACGAACCACCGCCACCCUAUCCCCAAAUUGGACCGUCAUCUCCGCCCAACUAUCUGACAUCGUUUCACAGCCGCCAGAGCCCGACUCAAUCGUCCACGCAGUCGGACUUUCGCAAAAGUCCCAGCUCGGGCUUCUACUCGAACGCAUCGAUCGGUUCGUCCAGUCCGAUUACCGUUUCGCAAGGCAGUGGAGGUGGCGGCAGUGGAACAGGUGGGAGUGGUUCGGUGGGUGGGAUAGGUGGUUCGAUACAGCGGCCGAUUCCGUUGCAACCGAAACCAUCCACUGUGCAUGCACCGCCAUCCAAACCGGCCCAGCCUCUGGUCAUAAUGCACUCGGUCAAAUCGACACAAGUGCAGAAGCCAAUCCUGCAAACGGCAGUCGCACCCCCCGCACCGGCCGGUGGUGUCGCGGGUGGUAGUGGUGGUGCUGGUGGAGGCGGCGGUGGUGCUGGCCAUCCGAUGCACAACAAUCCUCCACCACCAUCGUACGCCGUCUCGGUGCAGCACAAGUUGAACAAGGCGGCAACCGGCUACGCAACACCCCCGUCACCUUCGCCAUCGGGUCUCGCGCAUGACGGUACGGCUGUCCGCCAUACCGGUGGGGGUUCGGGUCCGUCGGGACCGCCAGGUACCUGCAGUGGCGUUCCAAAGCAACCACUGCGAGCCAAACCAUCGCAGCCCGGGCUACAAACCGUGCUUCCUUCUAAUGUGCCAGUGCAGGCCGGCGGUGGUACUGUGAACGGUCAAUCGUCACCCGCCCAACCACAGGUGCUGUCGAACAAUGGUGGUAGCGGCGGUACCAACAGCCACAAUCAUAGCGCCACCGGUUCACCGAACGAUCCACCAUCGUACGAUUCGACGAUGAUACUGCUGCAGAAACAUUCAUCACCCAAGAAAGAACCUCCGCCAGCAUAUCUGCUGGAUGGUGGCGGUGGUGGUGGUGGUGGCACCCCACCACCACUUCCACCAUCACCGCACUGUCCUGCGUCGGCAAUGGAAAUGGAGCAGCAACAGCAGCAGCAACACCGGAACAAUAGCGGCAGCGGGAGUAACAAUCACCACCAGUCACAUCAGCCCCACCACCUGCAUCAUCUGCACCAUCAGCACCACAAUGGGCACAGCGGCAAUGGUGAUGGUAGCGGUGUGAACGGCAAUGGUGCGAACAUAAACGGUGGCAACGGCAUGAACCUAUCCAGCGCCAACUCCAGUACCAACGGCAGUAGUAGUCAUAAUGCGAAUUCUAAUACUAUUAACAGUAAUAUGAGUAGUAACACUAACGCAAAUGCAAAUAAUAAUAUGAAGAGUAGUAUGCAUAACAAUCAUAAUCAUGAUCAUGCGGGCGGAAUGAUGCAUGGCACCAGCAUCGUCAGCAAUGGUAAAGCGACCGGACAUUCGCGAACCGUCGAUGAGGAUCGGCUGGUGCACCAUCAUCACCAUCUGCACCAUGGACCGGCCACCACGAACGGGCUGAUGCAGCAUGCUGGUGAUCCGAAACAGUUGCCAUUGCCGAAAGCACCGUUGAAAUCUUCCGGUAAUGGUAAUGCCGCAUCGCAACACGGUUUUACCGGUGCGCUCAAAAGUUUCGGUGCACUGAUGGGAGGAGGCGGUGGUCAACAGCAGUCGCAACAGCAGCAGCAACUAAACCAUCACCAACAGCAUCAUGCCGUAACGCACGAAGCUAAGCAGCGUGGCAUGGUGACAUCGACGUCUAGCCAUGGCGUGCGAAGUAGUCUCAUGAAGUCGGUUCGUUUUCCGACCGGCAACAGCAAUGGGCCAGCACCGGCCUACACGAACGGUGGUACACCUGGCGCCGGCAUGGAUCAUGGGCUACCGGGAGGAAGCAGCACGGAAUCAUCGUCCUCCACAAUGCCAACAUCAACUGGAGCGAACGCGGCAGCAAAUGCAGCCGUUGGUAAUGCUUCCUCCAGUGGUGGUAGUGCCGGUGGAGGUGGUGGAGGAAGCGGUAGUGGCGGCGGCGGCGGCGGCGGCGGAGAAGACAACCCACGAAAGAUAAAACAUCAAUCGCCGAUACCGGAGCGAAAGAACCUGUCCAAGGAGAAGGAAGCAGAACGGUCCGAGUGCAAGGUGAAGCACUACUCACCGCAGGCGUACAAGUUCUUCAUGGAGCAACACAUUGAGAACGUGCUGAAGUCGUACUCGCAGCGUAUCUUCCGCAUCAAGCAGCUGGAAAGCGAAAUGUCGAAGCUCGACCUGCCGGAGGAGACAAAGAUCGAGAUGCGCAAGCUGCUGUGUCAGAAAGAGAGCAACUACAUACGGUUGAAGCGCGCCAAAAUGGAUAAGUCGAUGUUUGCGAAGAUCAAAACGAUCGGUGUCGGAGCGUUCGGGGAAGUGACGCUAGUGAAAAAGAUCGACACGACCAACCAUCUGUACGCGAUGAAAACGCUUCGCAAGGCGGACGUGCUCAAGCGCAACCAGGUGGCGCACGUGAAGGCCGAGCGGGACAUUCUAGCGGAAGCGGACAACGAGUGGGUGGUGAAGCUGUACUACAGCUUCCAGGACAAGGAUAACCUUUACUUCGUGAUGGAUUACAUACCGGGUGGAGAUCUCAUGUCGCUGCUAAUCAAGAAAGGAAUAUUUGAAGAGGAUUUAGCUCGGUUCUACAUCGCCGAGCUGACCUGUGCGAUUGACAGCGUCCAUAAAAUGGGAUUCAUUCACCGAGAUAUCAAGCCGGAUAAUGUGCUGAUCGAUCGUAAGGGACAUAUCAAGCUGACGGACUUUGGGCUGUGCACCGGUUUCCGCUGGACGCACGAUUCAAAAUACUAUCAAAAGAGCGACCACGGAAGGCAAGACUCGAUGGAAGCGUGGAGCAAGUUUGGUUCGGAAAUUCCCCCACCGUUGGAAAGGCGAAAGUUCCGGGAGAAAAACCGCGCCAAAGCACACUCAAUCGUCGGAACGCCCAACUACAUCGCACCGGAAGUGUUGCUGCGAAGCGGUUACACGCAGCUGUGCGAUUGGUGGAGCGUCGGCGUCAUACUGUACGAGAUGCUAGUCGGACAGCCUCCCUUUUUGGCAAAUACAGCAGAGGAAACACAGAUUAAGGUUAUAAACUGGCGGCAAACGUUGCGCAUACCGGCGGAAGCGCAACUGACACCGGAAGCGAAGGACAUCAUACUGCGGCUGUGCAAGAACGAGGACGAACGGAUCGGGCGGAACGUGGACGAGAUCAAGUCGCACCCGUUCUUCCGCACGAUCGACUUCAGCAAGGAUCUGCGUAGCCAGCAGGCACUGUACGAACCCAAAAUCAAGUACCCGACCGACACGUCCAACUUCGAUCCGAUCGAUCCGGGCCGGCUGCAGGAUUCAUCGUCGUCCUGCGACGAGGGCGGACACGGCAACCUGGACGAGGUGUGCGACAGUGGGAAACCGUUCCAUCACGGGUUCUUCGAGUUUACCUUCCGGCGGUUUUUCGACGACGAAUGUGAUCACAAAAUCACGCUCGACUCGAGCGAGGGACAGGCGGAAGCUAUUUAUGUAUAAAAUAAUAAUUACUAAUAUUAUUAAUCUAUUAAUUAUUACCGACCCCUAAU